AUGGAUGCAAGAAUUAGAAAGAGCCAGUUGCAAGGUUCAUCUGAAGAGGGAGAUUGCAGCAAGUGGAGAUCAGAGAAGAGAAAUAAUUAUUCAGAUGGAGCAAAGAAGGUCGCAGAGGGGACUGAGAAGACAAAGAACCCCAUUGAAGACAUCAAUGCUAGUGCUGAUGCCUUCAUCAAGAACUUCAGGAAGCAACUCCUCAUCCAGAGGCUCCAAUCCAUAGAGAAUUACGAGCAAAUGCUUAAGAGGGGUCUCUAA